AUGCUCAUGAUAUCUACUUUCCUGUGCUGCAUUGUUUCGGUGGCGGUAGGCUUCUUUCUGGGCACAUACGGCUUCUCUCUGGGUGUUCGACAGACAGCAUGCGUUCCGUCGCCAAAGAAGGCUGAUCCGGCCACCGGACUUGGCGUGGCGACAAUCGAUGAGGCGCCUUUCAUCACCGAUGGAAAUAUGAACAUGGAGCGAUUUGAAUUCAUCCAUUAUCCUGGCCACGAUGACUUCGUCCCUAAGCUGGUUGGUCAGCACGAAAUACACACGUGUCGUGACUGGGAAGCAAUCAAGGGCGUCAUCAAAAGAGUGAGGGCUGAGAACAUUCCCGUCGACAAGUAUGGCAAGCGUGUUUCACAACCUUAA